AUGCAUUAUAGGAAGGAAGUUGUCAGACGAUUUCUUGCUGAUGUUGAACGUCAAACACCAACUACAAUUGACGUUUUACAAGCCAUGUGGAUGAUCGCCAAAGCUUGGAAUUUAGUCACUGAAAAGACCAUUGCAAACUGCUUCAAGAAAAGUGGGUUUAAAGUAACGUGCGAAGAUGAGGAGGACGAUUUACCAGUCGCAGAACUUGCUAGGACCUGGCAAAGAGUUCAAGAAGAAUUACACCUUCAAGAGACUGACUUCGAAGACUUCGUUACCUUUGAUAAUGAUUUGGCCAUCUGUGGAGAACUAACUGAUGCUGACAUCGUCACAUCUGUGUUGCCAGUUACUAAUGCAGAAGCGGAUGAAGACGAGGAAGAAGAGGGUGAAAUUGAUGAGCAUAACUUCACAAUAAAAGAUGCUUAUAAUGCUUUGAAUACAAUAAAAUCUGUGUUUCUCAAAAAGGGAGGUUUGACUGACGAUGUAGUGAAAUCCAUCACGAAAUUAGAUUGCGCAUUGGAUGUCAUAACUCAUACCGGUGGUAAACAGACAACUAUCAAUGACUUUUUUUCUAAUCAAUGA